AUGCCUCACGGUGCGCAAGUUCCACAACAAAGAGAUCAAGCAAACAUACCCCCGAGCACGAUGCAGUACAACAACACCACAGCAGCGACAGACAAAGAGAAGGCAGACAUCUUCGCCGACUAUUUCGAGAAAGCGGUCUACUCCAAAGCGCCGGACACGCUCCCGUUCCAUAAGCAAGUUGCACGACAAGCCAAGAAAGUGAAGAAGGAUAUGUUACAUCCGUCAACCAUCACCAAAUGGGAAAAGCUUUCAACCAAAGAAAUAACUGAAAAACCAUACCGAGCUAUUUGUACAACACCUCACAGCAUUGUUCAAUACGAUUAUGGAAGUUGGAUACAUACCAGACAUCUGGAAGAAAGCAUGUAUUAUCUUACUCUUGAAGCCGAACAAGGACAAGCGUCUAGCAUCCAGUUAUCGCCCCAUCAGUCUCAUGAGCUGUCUCGAAACAUUCUUCGAGCACAUCAGGCACGAUUCUGUGCGAAGAAGCGCACACUAUACAACAUCGUCCGACUUGAACGCUUCGCAAGAAGCAAACUCCAUCGACCUGGAAUACGACAACACUCCACUGUAAUUUUCUUCGAUAUUAAAGUCGCAUUUGAUUCAGUCUGGCACGAUGGCCUUAUAUACAAGCUACCUGAUCUUCUUCCUCCACAACAGGGCUGCUGCAAUCGAAAUGGACAACAUCCAACACCCUGA